AUGGCGUCGCCCUCCCGCAAGCGCCCCCGCAGCGAGGAGGAGGGCGAGCCCGUGGCGGUCGCUGCCGGCUUCGAGGCGCCCAUCUUUGGCGCGCGCGCCGUCGGCCAGGUCACCACGCUCGUGCUCGAGGGCGAGGACGGACCUCUGGCGUCCCUCACCCUGCGCGGCGUCGCGAGCGAUCACGCGGGCGCCUGGUACGUCGCGACUAAGGACUCGGUGCUGCACGUCUCGGCGGCCGGGCGCGUGCGCACCGUGGCAACCUGCGAAGGCGGCAGGUUCUCCCGCGUCGCCAUCAGCCCGGACGGCAGCGCGCUGUUUGUGGCGGACGCCGGCAACGAGAAGAUCCGGCGGGUGGAGGUUGCGUCGGGUGCUGUGAUGACGCUCGCGGGUAGCGGCGAGGAAGGCGAUGCAGACGGCGUGGGCGAUGCGGCGCAGUUUUGUUCCCCAGUCGGUCUCGCCAUCAGCCCGGACGGCAGCGCGCUGUUUGUGGCGGACAACGACAACCACAAGAUCCGGCGGGUUGAGGUGGCGACGGGUGCUGUGACGACGCUCGCGGGUAGCGGCGAGGAAGGCGACGCUGAUGGCGUGGGCGGCGCGGCGCAGUUCUGCAACCCAAACGGCCUCACAAUCAGCCCGGACGGCAGCGCGCUGUUAGUGGCCGACUUCUGCAACAACAAGAUCCGGCGGGUGGAGGUGGCGACGGGUGCUGUGACGACGCUCGCGGGUAGCGGCGAGGAAGGCGAUGCAGACGGCGUCGGCGAUGCGGCGCAGUUCAACGGACCACACGGCCUCGCAAUCAGCCCGGACGGGAGCGCGCUGUUCGUGGCGGACUGCGAGAACAACAAGAUCCGUCGGGUGGAGGUGGCGACGGGUGCUGUGACGACGCUCGCGGGUAGCGGCGAAGAAGGCGGCGCUGAUGGCGUGGGCGGCGCGGCGCAGUUCGAAUACCCAGUGGCCCUCGCCAUCAGCGCCGACGGCACAACGCUUUUGGUCCGCAUGGAGGGCUCGGCUCUCCGCCAGGUCUGCGUGGCGGCGCCUCCUCCGCCUCCCUCCUUCGCACCGCUUGUGGUUCCGCCCUCCACCUUCUCCGCCGACAUGGCCAACACGUGGGGCGACGCCACCCUCCCCGAGGGCAAAGUCACCUUCCUGGUCGGCGACGACAAGGAGCGCGUGGAGCACGUGAGCAAGAACGUCCUCUGCGUUCGGUCCGUGUUCUUUCGGACGAUGUUUGGCAUCGGCAUGAAGGAGCGCGACGCCGCCGAGGUCACGGUGCUCGAAACGGACCUCGCCAGCUUCACCGCCCUCGUCCGCUACCUCCUCACCGACCAGCUCGACCUCGGCGAGGGGGAGGGCGAGCAGGCGCGGCGCGCGCUCGUGCUGCGGCAGCUGGCGCAUAAGUACCAGGUGCCGCGCCUCGAGCUGCUCUGCGCGCAGGCGCUGCAGGAGCGCGUCGCGCCGGCGAGCGCCGUGCCGCUGCUCGAGGCGGCGCACACGAUGGGCGACGGGCGGCUCCUCGCGCAGUGCCGCCGCUUCGUGGCCGACCACGCCGCCGAGGUGCGCGCGAGCGGCGGCGUGGAGCAGCUGCGCGACCUCGGCGUGGCCAAGGGGCUGCUCGGCGACGCGCUCGACCAGGUGGCGGAGCUGCAGAAGGGGGCGCCCCUGCGCAGCCACUCGUAG